AAAGGUCAUUGUCUCGCUGAUAUGAUAAUAAAGAUUAGAAAAAUGAAAAUCGAAUCAAAAAUGUGUGCGAUCGCGUGAUUUAUAAAAAAAUUAGAAGUAAUUUAUUGAUUGGUAGCAAGUGAAACGGGGAAAAGUGUGAUCGAAAGAUAAGAGAUUGCGAAACCAACUUGAACAAUCGCGCCGUGAAGGCAAAAGUCGAGAUUCUCGUUAGUCAUCUGCAUAUCAUCAUCAUGAAAAAUGUAUUUCUCGAAGCAAAUCAUGUAAGUUGAGGAUAUUUUGUGAUCGGUCCGUGUUCACGAUGGUUUCGAAACGCGACACUUUUUAUUGCAUCUUGUGCUGUUACAUUGUGCACGCAGUAAACGGCUUGUAUCCGGUGGUACUAGUACCGGGAGAUGGAGGAAGUCAAAUGGAAGCUAAGCUGGAUAAACCCGCUGUUGUGCAUUAUGUGUGUGAUAAAAAAACGACGGAUUAUUUUUCCUUGUGGUUGAAUAUGGAGCUUCUUGUACCCGUAGUAAUCGAUUGUCUGAUUGAUAACAUGAAGUUAACUUACAACAAUGAAACUCGAACGACCAGUAAUUCGCCCGGAGUGUCUGUACGAAUUCCAGCGUUUGGAAAUUCAACGACUGUGGAAUAUAUCGAUCCUAGCAGAGCAUCUGCCGGAUCUUAUUUCAAAGAUAUAGCGAAUAUGUUGGUGAAUAUGGGAUACGAAAGGAAUACUACUCUGCGAGGAGCACCGUACGAUUUUCGUAAAGGACCUAACGAGCAAUCCGAGUACUUCGAAGCUUUGAAAAAUUUAAUCGUAGAAACGUACGAAUUAAACGGACAGAAGCCAGUAAUACUGAUCGUUCAUAGUUUGGGCGGAUUAAUGACAUUAGCCAUGUUACAUAAGCAAGACCAGAAGUGGAAAGAUAAAUACAUCAAACUCCUCGUUUCUUUAGCUGGUGCUUGGGGUGGCUCUACGAAGGCUGUGAAAGUAUUUGCCAUCGGGGACGAUUUAGGCGUUUACGUUUUGCAAGGUAGUGUUUUACGUGCCGAACAAAUAACCUCGCCGUCGUUAGCGUGGCUACUGCCGUCGCCUUAUUUAUGGAAACCGGAUGAAGUAUUCGUGGAAACAGACUCGAAAAAUUACUCCUUGAAUAAUUUGCAAGAAUUUUUCAACGAUAUUAAUUACCCGGUUGGUUGGGAAAUGUAUAAGGACGUUCAUCCUUUUAUUGAUAAUUUCGAAGCUCCGGGCGUCGAGGUACAUUGCUUAUACGGAUAUGGUAUUCCGACAGUUGAAAAGUUGGUGUACGCGAAAGGAAAAUUUCCGAAUGGCUCUCCUAGUCUGAUGUCGGGAGACGGUGACGGUACGGUGAACAAACGAAGUUUGCGCGCUUGUACCUAUUGGACCGGUUUGCAGAAACAACGGAUCUACGAGGUAGGCUUUCCGGGCGUUGAUCAUAUGGCUGUUCUUCGAAGUGUCAAUACGAUAGAAUACAUAAAACAGCUGGUAGAAAGGCUGAAAUGAAACGGAUUCUCAAAAUUGUACUCUUAGUGUAAUAAUUUAUAAAAAUCUAUUCGUCAUGUUUGUUUUAUAAUUAGUAGCUCAAGUAUUAUUUAAUUUUUUUUAUUGCGUAGCGAGUACGCGUUGUGAUUGUUCAUUUUUAUUUAUAUACGUAUCAAUAAUAAAUUCGAGUAUUUAUUUCGUUAAA